CACCUUUCUUCCCGGAAGUGUGGAAAACAAGUGUUUCUGGUGUCAGGGUCACAAUGAACCCAGUUUUCGGCAGGCUAACUAGGCUAGGGGCAGUUAACCGGCACAGAAACAUAAGCAUGGCGGCAGCACUCCGAGGUAGCCUCUUUACAUUAGCAAAGGGCCUUAACGGCCCCUGGCUGCAUCAUCUGGGCUCCAGGUCCCUCAGCGUGGGGGCCUGCCUGAGGGCCCCAGAGGCCCCCCCGGCCCGUGCCGACAGCACCUUCAGGGUCACCAUGGUGCCUGGCGACGGGGUGGGACCAGAGCUCAUGACGGCUGUGAAGGAAGUCUUCAAGGCAGGUGACGUGCCGGUGGAGUUCGAGGAGUUCCACCUGAGUGAGGUACAGAACAUGGCCAGCGAGGAGAAGCUGGACCAGGUGCUGGCCUCCAUGAAGACCAACAGGGUGGCCAUGAAAGGGAAGAUCCACACCCCGAUGGAGUACAAGGGAGAGCUGGCCUCCUACGAGAUGAGACUGAGGAGGAAGCUGGACCUGUUUGCCAACGUGGUCCAUGUGAACAGCCUGCCCGGUUACAGCACCCGCCACAACAACCUGGACCUGGUCAUCAUACGCGAGCAGACCGAAGGGGAGUACAGCUCCCUGGAGCAUGAGAGUGUGAAGGGCGUCAUCGAGUGCUUGAAGAUCAUCACCCGCGAGAAGUCCCGCCGCAUCGCCAAGUUCGCCUUCGACUACGCCACCAAGAAGGGGCGGAGCAAGGUCACCGCCGUGCACAAGGCCAACAUUAUGAAGCUGGCCGACGGGCUGUUUCUGCAGAGCUGUGCCGAGGUAGCGGAACUGUACCCCAAGAUCAAAUACGAGACCAUAAUCAUCGACAACUGCUGCAUGCAGCUGGUGCAGAACCCCUACCAGUUUGACGUGCUGGUGAUGCCCAACCUGUACGGCAACAUCAUCGACAACCUGGCCGCCGGGCUGGUGGGCGGGGCCGGCGUGGUGCCCGGGGAGAGCUACAGCGCCGAGUACGCCGUGUUCGAGACCGGCGCGCGGCACCCCUUCGCUCAGGCUGUCGGCCGGAACAUCGCCAACCCCACCGCCAUGCUGCUGAGCGCCGCCAACAUGCUCAGACACCUCAAUCUGGAGUAUCAUUCCAACAUGGUGUCUGAAGCUGUGAAGAGGGUGAUCAAGCAGGGCAAGGUGCGGACAAGGGACCUGGGGGGGUACUGCACCACAGGGGAUUUUGUGCGUGCCGUCAUUGAGAACCUGCGGCCCGUAUACUGAAGAACCCCCCCCCCAAACUCUGGAAACCCCUCCCCUCCUGCCAGGACCUAAAUCCCGACUCUUAGCCCCCUUUAAUGCACGCACACACACACACAUGCAUGCACACACACAUACUCGUGCACGCACACGUACAAACAUGCGCACGCACACACACAAGUACACACAAAUGUGCGUGCACACACACACACACACCUGCCUGCUCUCUUCCUGCAUCCAAGUAUUUCUGUGUCCUCUGUGCUCUGUUUCUCUCCCUUAAUUUUCCUCAGUUCAGGAACGUCCCCAAAUUGGCAUAGUUCUCUCUUCGUUUCCCUCUCUCCUCUGAGCUAAACCUGCUUCUCCUCUCUGUCCGUCCGUUUCUGGGGCAGACAUUCCACUUAACGUUUCUAAGGCUGGCUUUCUGACCCCUCCCGCUGGCGUUUUUUGGGGGGCUUUUUUUACCUAGCGCGACUGCGCCUGGGUCGAACGUCUUCAUUUUGGCCUUGCGUCUCCGUGACAGUGACCUCUGACCUCGCUGCGCCGCCGUUUACGUUUCCCGCUGCAGCACCUUCGCCGUCACGGGCUUCCGGUUUUUAAGUGGCGCUGGAGGUGUUCAGCGGCUACACAGACACUCAAACGGACCACAAGGGCUUUCUUUCAGAAUGAACAGUGUGCAGGUGCAGUUGGCCAGGGUCUGAGCGCAUGCAUGAAAUGCUGUAGAUCUACUUGAGGGUGCCUUCCUGUAGCUGCCAUAUCCUCACAUGCUGAAAAGCAGGACUCUUGUACAAAUGGAAAUGCACGGCUGGAGUUUUUGGACGGUGGUUUUUAGGGUCUGCUGCUCUUACGGAAACCCUGUUAGCCCUUCAGACCGUGUCAGACGCUACAGUGCAGAAAAUGGCUAAACUGGUGGGAAAACCUCCGGUGAGGAAAAGUGAUGGAAAAGUAUGCUGUCUGUCUGUAGGGCUGUAUCCUACCUGUAGAGCCUUACCUGUAGAGCAGAGUCCUAUCUGUAGAGUUCUACCUGUAGAGCAGAGUCCUAUCUGUAGAGUUCUACCUGUAGAGCAGAGUCCUAUCUGUAGAGUUCUACCUGUAGAGCAGAGUCCUAUCUGUAGAGUUCUACCUGUAGAGCAGAGUCCUAUCUGUAGAGUUCUACCUGUAGAGCAGAGUCCUAUCUGUAGAGCUCUACCUGUAGAGCAGAGUCCUAUCUGUGGAGUUCUACCUGUGGAGCAGAGUCCUAUCUGUAGAGUUCUACCUGUAGAGCAAAGCCUUAUCUGUAGGGCCAAUUCCUAUCCAGUGCCUUCCAAACCCGCACACCUCACUGCACACCUAUUUUUCACCAAAAUCCGGUUCCACUUUGCCGAGAAUGGUUUUUAAAGUAUUAAGCAGUCCAGGAGAAACAACAUGCACAACUUAAUAACAGCUUUUUUUUGUAUUAAUAACUGUAAUUUUGUGGGAUUUUCACUAGUUAGGCGGGGCAGUCUGUGUCUAGCCGGACCGCUCAUCAGUGGCCAGCACACGGGGCCCCAGAGAGCCCCACCCUGGCAGGGAAAGCAGAGGGGUUUAUCUCUGAGGCACAUUUAACAGUCUUCACUGAAACCGCUGCUCACUGUCACCAACCCUGCUCGGAGAGGGGUGGUGGCAUAAGGGCCUAUCAGACGGGGGCACUGCCAGCCCCCGUAAUACGGUGGCCUGGCUUCACUAAAGGGGCGGUCUAUUAUAAAUGACUGCAGUUCUUAAAUCAAUGAGUAACACAUGAGAUAGAGUGUAACUAUUCACACGUGAUGUAACCUGUAAAACUGUAAACUAAACGUUUGUCUGUGUCAGGCUUGCAUUUUUUGGUUUCUGUAUGCCUUACAGUUUUUUCUUUUGCUUUUCAUUUCAUCAUUUUAUUUUAUUUUUUAAUUUUUUGAAUGCUUACUGAAUUUGGUUAUUGGCGGUUGAAAAAUAUAAUAAUCUAAACUGUUCAUUUCCUGAUGAUGUAAAACCUAUCAAAACAAAUAUUGAACAGUCCAGCUCAUGCUAGCAUGUCAUUAUGACAUGCUCAGAGUGAAUGUAAUUAUGACAUGCUCAGAGUGAAUGUCAUUAUGACAUGCUCAGAGUGAAUGUCAUUAUGACAUGCUCAGAGUGAAU